AUGAAGGUUCUCGUUCUCUUCGCCGCGAUCGCUUCCAUCGCUCUCGCUGCGCCGAAAGACCCCUACCCAGCACCAUGCGGAAGGUCGGACCCGUCGGGAAUUUGCACUACCAAAACGACUUGUUACAAGAAGGGUGGCUUCUACGUCCAGCGCGACUGCGACUUCUAUAAUGUGCUCGAUAUCGGCUGCUGCUACUCAAUUCCGGAUGAGAAGAAGUAA